GCCGCGGCUCCGACUUCCAACAUGGCGCACGCUGGCGGCGGCGGCGGCGGCGGCGGCGGCGGCCCCGCGGGCCGGGGGCUGAGUGGCGCCCGCUGGGGUCGCUCGGGCUCUGCGGGCCACGAGAAGCUGCCGGUGCACGUGGAGGACGCCCUCACCUACCUGGACCAGGUGAAGAUCCGCUUCGGCAGCGACCCUGCCACUUACAAUGGCUUCCUGGAGAUCAUGAAGGAGUUCAAAAGCCAGAGCAUCGAUACUCCUGGAGUCAUCCGACGAGUGUCACAGCUCUUCCACGAACACCCUGACCUGAUUGUUGGAUUCAACGCUUUCCUUCCUCUCGGGUACAGAAUAGACAUUCCCAAGAACGGCAAGUUAAACAUACAGUCGCCUCUGUCGAGCCAGGAGAAUUCGCACAACCACAGCGACUGUACAGAGAACGUCAAGCAGCAGGUGCUAUAUAAGGAGGACAAACCGCAGGUGCCCUUGGAGUCAGAUUCCGUGGAAUUCAACAACGCCAUCAGCUAUGUGAACAAGAUUAAGACCCGCUUUCUAGAUCACCCAGAAAUCUACAGGUCAUUCCUGGAGAUACUGCACACUUACCAGAAGGAGCAGCUGAGCACGAAGGGCCGUCCGUUCCGAGGCAUGUCUGAAGAGGAGGUGUUCACCGAGGUGGCCAACCUCUUCCGCGGCCAGGAGGACCUGCUCUCCGAGUUUGGACAGUUCCUGCCCGAAGCCAAGCGGUCCCUGUUCACAGGAAAUGGGCCAUGCGAAAUGAACAGUGUCCAAAAGAGCGAGCACGAGAAGAAUCUGGAACACAGCAAAAAGCGCUCUCGGCCCUCACUCCUCCGUCCCGUGUCAGCACCAGCCAAGAAGAAAAUGAAACUCCGUGGUACCAAAGACCUGUCCAUCGCCACCGUGGGGAAGUACGGGACUCUGCAGGAGUUCUCCUUCUUUGACAAGGUGCGCAGGGUGCUGAAGAGCCAGGAGGUCUACGAGAACUUCCUCCGCUGCAUCGCGCUCUUCAACCAGGAGCUUGUGUCCGGCUCUGAGCUCCUCCAGCUGGUCAGCCCAUUUCUAGGGAAAUUUCCAGAACUCUUUGCACAGUUCAAGUCCUUCUUGGGGGUGAAAGAGCUGUCCUUCGCCCCACCCAUGAGUGACAGAUCCGGGGAUGGAAUAAGCCGGGAAAUCGACUACGCCUCAUGCAAGCGCAUCGGAUCCAGCUACCGGGCGCUCCCCAAAACCUACCAGCAGCCCAAGUGCAGCGGGAGGACGGCCAUCUGCAAGGAGGUACUGAACGACACCUGGGUGUCCUUCCCCUCCUGGUCAGAGGACUCCACCUUCGUCAGCUCCAAGAAGACACCCUACGAGGAGCAGCUGCACCGCUGUGAGGACGAGCGUUUCGAGUUAGACGUUGUCCUGGAGACCAACCUGGCCACGAUCCGGGUGUUGGAAAGCGUGCAGAAGAAGCUCUCCCGGAUGGCGCCGGAAGACCAGGAGAAGUUCCGGCUGGACGACUGUCUGGGGGGCACGUCGGAGGUGAUCCAGCGCCGCGCCAUCCACCGCAUUUAUGGCGACAAGGCUCCGGAGAUCAUUGAGAGCCUCAAGAAGAACCCUGUCACCGCUGUCCCCGUCGUCCUGAAAAGGCUGAAGGCCAAAGAGGAGGAGUGGCGGGAGGCCCAGCAGGGCUUCAACAAGAUCUGGCGGGAGCAGUAUGAGAAGGCGUACCUCAAGUCCCUGGACCACCAGGCCGUGAACUUCAAGCAGAAUGACACCAAGGCCCUUCGCUCCAAGAGCUUGCUCAAUGAGAUUGAGAGUGUCUAUGACGAGCACCAGGAGCAGCACUCGGAGGGCCGCAGCGCCCCCUCCAGCGAGCCGCACCUCAUCUUCGUAUACGAGGACCGGCAGAUCCUGGAGGACGCGGCCGCCCUCAUCAGCUACUACGUGAAGCGGCAGCCGGCCAUCCAGAAGGAGGACCAGGGCACCAUCCACCAGCUGGUGCACCAGUUCGUGCCCAGCCUCUUCUUCUCCCAGCAGCUGGACCUGGGCGCGUCCGAGGACUCCGCCGAUGAGGGCCGGGGGAGCCCCCAGGGGCAGAGUGCAGACCCUGGUGACCGGAAGAAGCCAGCGCCCGGACCGCAGAGCAGCGCCCCGGAGGAGAAGGGGGCCUCGGGCGAGGCGCCGGCCACAGAGCAGCGGCCGCCGCAGCACAAGCCCCUGGACGACGUCUACAGCCUCUUCUUCGCCAACAACAACUGGUACUUCUUCCUGCGCCUCCAUCAGACCCUGUGCUCCAGGCUUCUGAAGAUCUACCGCCAGGCACAGAAGCAGCUCCUGGAGUACCGGACGGAGAAGGAAAGGGAGAAACUGCUCUGCGAGGGCCGCCGGGAGAAGGGCAACGACCCCGCCAUGGAGCUGCGGCUGAAGCAGCCAAGUGAGGUGGAGCUGGAGGAAUACUACCCGGCCUUCCUGGACAUGGUGCGGAGCCUGCUGGAGGGCAGCAUCGACCCCACGCAGUACGAGGACACCCUGCGCGAGAUGUUCACUAUCCACGCCUACGUGGGCUUCACCAUGGACAAGCUGGUGCAGAGCAUCGCCCGGCAGCUGCACCACCUCGUGAGCGACGAUGUCUGUCUGAAGGUGGUGGAGCUCUACCUGAACGAGAAGAAGCGGGGUGCUGCCGGCGGGAACCUGUCCUCCCGCUGUGUCCGCGCCGCCAGGGAGACCAGCUAUCAGUGGAAGGCCGAGCGGUGCAUGGCUGACGAGAACUGCUUUAAGGUGAUGUUCCUCCAGCGCAAAGGGCAGGUGAUCAUGACCAUUGAGCUCCUGGACACCGAGGAAGCCCAGACAGAGGACCCACUAGAGGUGCAGCACCUGGCUCGGUACGUGGAGCAGUACGUGGGGACCGAGGGUGCGUCCAGCUCGCCCACCGAGGGCUUCCUCCUGAAGCCUGUGUUCCUGCAGAGGAACCUCAAGAAGUUCCGCAGGUGGCAGUGUGAGCAGGUGCGCGCGCUGCGGGGUGAGGCCAAGAGCUCCUGGAAGCGGCUGGUCGGGGUAGAGAGCGCCUGCAACGUGGACUGCCGCUUCAAACUCAGCACCCACAAGAUGAUGUUCAUCGUGAACUCCGAGGACUACAUGUACCGCCGUGGGACGCUCGGCCGGGCCAAGCAGGUGCCCCUCCCUGCCCACGUCCCGGGAACCUGGGGGCCAGCCCACAGCUGUCUGGGGUGCCUGGGCCAUCCUGAUUCUUCUCUCCCCCGCCCCCUGCAGGUGCAGCCCCUGGUCCUGCUGCGCCACCACCAGCACUUCGAGGAGUGGCACAGCCGCUGGCUGGAGGACAACGUGCCGGUGGAGGCAGCCAGCCUGGUGCAGGACUGGCUGAUGGGCGAGGAGGACGAGGACAUGGUGCCCUGCAAGACGCUCUGCGAGACGGCUCAUGUGCACGGGCUGCCGGUGACCCGCUACCGAGUGCAGUACAACCGCCGCCCGGCCUCGCCCUGACGCUGCCACGCGGGCACCACGACCCGCACUUAGUGCAGUUGCUUCCUCGGCCUGUGUGUCCAUCGGGCGUUUUCAUGAACAGUGUGAGGGGAGCAGAGCGUCCCCCAGCCUUGCUGCUAUGGGCUGUGAGCUCCAGAGAAGGGCGGGUUGUGUCGGCUCUCGGCCCCACGCUGCCAUCCCUCUUGGCUUCCCCGCUUCCUUUGGGCCCGUCCUGUGCCAGAAGUAAAGCACUCCCCGCACUUGCACUCUAGGGGCUCAGUCCCCACUGGGAGGGGGAGAAGCAGUGCACCGCUCAAGGCACAAGUGAGUGCGUUCACAUGCCUGCUGGGCUACUCCCGUCACACAUGCCAAAUCCCCAGGCUUGGGCACCGCUGGUCCUUUCCUGCGUAUGGUGAAAGUGGGUGGAGAGCCGCGCAAGGGCUCACGUUCAGGAGGGGUCAGCGUUUGAGGGUCCCUGACGUCGGAGGAGUCGGGCCCAGGUGGACCUGCUUGAAAAGCAUGUCCUUCCCAGGCUUCUAGAAACAUUUCCCAAGCUGGGCAACAGCCUGCAUCUGACAGUUCGGGCAUCAGCUUGGCCCAGCGGGUGCCUGCCUGGGGUCCUCGGUCACUUCGAAAGUGAGAAGAGCCCUUUCAGCCAGACUGUUGGGAUCCUGCUUUGACAUCCAGACAGAGUGGGCAGGCGGCACCAGAACUGGCCAGAAGACCCUGCUCUGGAAAAAAAGAGACUCAAACCCCAUGUUGAUCCGACAGCUGGACUCUGGGCACGUGAGGGGAGGGGGCCUGGCCUGCCGCACCCGCUGAGCUCGAGUGGUCCCACCCUGGGAGGGCCCUGGGGUGCGGUUGUGUACCUAAGAUGGACGUUCUAGAAGUAUAUAUAUGCACACAUAUUUAUUCCUUUAUGCUCUCUUAGUGGUUGUAAGUUCUACAACGGCCAAGUCCCACGGCCCCUCUGGGGGUGACAGCCCUCUUCGUGGACUUCUGCAUACCCACCCCAACGCCUCCAUUCCGGCAGCCACCCCCCGGGGCGGGUAUGGUGUGAGGGGCAAAAGCUUCUUCUGUGCCAAGAAUGCCAAGCAGUUCGGGCUAGGAACCAGCUUUUUGAACUUCCUGCACCAUGAGAAGCUCUGGCCGGGCCCCUGACACCAUCAGCGAGUGGGCUCCACUGACCCGUGGGCCUGGAAGAACCCCCGUGCAGCUGCCUCUGCCAGCCGCAGCCCUUGCCUUCCUGCAGCUGAGCUGUGCCAAACACCCAAGGUUCCGGGAAUUGGAGACGUGUUUCUAGAAGUUUACCUGUGGAACUCGAGGUUUGCAAAGCCUGUGACUCCAGGCCUGGGCGAUUCCGAGGCCAACCUGUCCCACCUGGGUGUCUCCUCACCCGUGUUUUCUCACGUGUAAUCCAUGCACUUUGUACGCAUCCUUGUUUUAUAAGAAGGAAACUUAUCAGAAUUCCUGAACCAGACCCUCCCGGCAGCCGUCCUCCUCGGGAGCCCGCAGCCCCUCCUGUGCCUCUGCCUGGGCCUGGGGUGCGGGCCAUACCCCACCAAGCCCCCCAUCCUGCAUGCUUCUAGGGAGCAUCUCUUCUGUUUUUGAAGAAUUUCUGUUCUGGGGCUUGUACUUCCUUUGCAGCUGUUUUGAAUGUAGUUUUCCUUUUCUAUUUAUUUGCACAUUAAAGCUAAAAAUUAAAUAUUGAUCUAAAGCUGU